AGAGGAGCUCCGUCAGAGGACCAGGGAGAGCGUGGUGAGGAAUCCCAGCAGCCCCCGGAGAGAGAGAGCCGGACUGGCUGGACUCCCUCUCCCCCUCCCCCCCGGAGGACGACCCGAGAGAGACCCACGUUGCCACGGGAGAGGCCUCGGUUCAGGGUUGCAGUAUGUUCACCUCAGUGAAGGCCUUCGAGGGGCAGCAGUACUCCACCCUGAAGAGGCAGUGCUUGCAGAGUGGCCUCCUCUUUGAGGACCCCCGCUUCCCCGCCACCGACGACUCUCUCUUUUACCAGGGCAACAGGAUCGGACGUGUCGUCUGGAAGAGGCCACGGGAGCUGUGUGAGGACCCUCACCUGUUUGUGGAUGGCAUCAGUGCACAUGAUCUCCAUCAGGGACAGCUGGGUAACUGCUGGUUCGUUGCUGCGUGCUCCAGUCUGGCCUCUAGAGAGUCUCUAUGGCAAAAAGUUAUUCCGGACUGGAAGGAGCAGGAGUGGGAUACAGAAAAGCCCGACUCCUACGCCGGGAUUUUCCACUUCCGCUUCUGGCGCUUCGGUGAGUGGGUGGACGUGGUGAUUGACGACCGGCUACCGACAGUGGACAACCAGCUCGUCUACUGCCACUCCAAUGACAGCAACGAGUUCUGGAGCGCCCUGGUGGAGAAGGCCUACGCCAAGGUUUACGGCUGCUACGAGGCUUUGGAUGGAGGAAACACGGCUGAUGCACUGGUGGACUUCACCGGCGGGGUUUCUGAGCCCGUGGAUCUGCUGGAGGGUCAGAUGGCAACUGAUGAGGCUGCUCGAAACCAGCUGUUUGAAAGAGUUCUCAAAGUCCACAACAGAGACGGCCUCAUCAGCUGCUCCAUCCGGGCGACCACGGUGGAGGAUAUGGAGGCGCGGUUGGACUGCGGUUUGGUCAAAGGCCACGCCUACGCGGUGACGGAUGUCCGGAAGGUGCGACUAGGACACGGACUGCUGGCCUUCUUUAAGUCAGAGAAGCUGCACAUGAUCCGAAUGAGGAAUCCCUGGGGAGAGAAGGAGUGGAGCGGCCCAUGGAGCGACAGUUCGGAGGAGUGGAACAAGGUGAGCAAGAGUGAGAGAGAGAAGCUGGGCGUCACCGUGCAGGACGACGGCGAGUUCUGGAUGAAUUUUGACGACUUCUGCCAGUACUUCACUGAUCUUAUCCUUUGCCGCCUCAUCAACACCUCCUACCUGAGCAUCCACAAGACCUGGGAGGAGGAGGUGAUGAGGGGCUCCUGGAUCCACCGUCAGGAUCCCCUUCGCAACCGAUCUGGUGGCUGCAUCAAUCACAAGACCACCUUUCUGCAGAACCCUCAGUAUGUGUUCGAUGUGAAGAAGGUGGAAGACGAGGUGCUGAUCUGCUUGCAGCAGAAAGAAAAGAGAGCUACACCCAAGGAAGGCAAAGGGGAAAACCUGGCUAUAGGCUUCGAUAUUCACCGGGUGGAGCUGAAUCGGAAGUAUCGGAUGCACACAGCCCAGCAGAAAGUAGCAGGUUCCAUCUACAUCAACUCGCGCUGCGUCUUCCUCAGGAAGGAGCUGAAAGAAGGUCGUUACGUCAUCAUCCCCACAACCUUUGACCCCGGGCAGCAGGGUGACUUUCUGCUCCGUGUCUUCACUGAUGUGCCUUCAGACUGCAAAGAGCUGACUCUGGACGAGCCUCCUCAGACGUGUUGGACGGGAAUGUGUGGCUACCCUCAGCUGGUCACUCAGGUCCAUGUAAUGAAUGCAGAGGGUCUGCAGGGACAGGAGUCCAAUGGAGCUGCUGAUCCCUACGUGAUAAUCGUCUGUGAAGGGGAGAGGGUUCGUUCACCAGUUCAAAAGGACACACGGUGCCCAAACUUUGACGUCAAAGGCUUGUUUUACCGCAAAAAGCCAAAAGAAGGCAUCCAUAUCGAGAUUUACAACAAGAACAUGAUUGUGGACACCUUCCUGGGUCAGGUGACCUUGUUCAGCGACCCCAACGAGCGGCAGGAGCAGCACAUGCUUCACCUCUGUGACAAGGGCAGCCGCCAGGACAACGACCUCCCGGGCACGCUCACUGUGCGCCUCAUCACCUCCACCACGCUCACCAACAUCUGAGGCCAUCCUUGAUGCGACUGAAACUUCUCAUCUCUCAGCUGUAGUGGGAGCUCACUGUGUCUUUUUUCUGUCGCUUGCACUUACUUUACAUCUCUUAUUAUUCCCCUUCUUUUUCAUGCUUUGCUUCACUUUUUCACCUUAGUAUUUAAAUCUGCUUUGUUUUGUUUUUGAAGGCCUGCAUCUAUAGAUAUAAAAAGAAAGUGUUCAUAAAUGAUAACGUGGGGAGAGAAAUCUCUGACCACAUUCCAGCCAAAACUGGCGAUUAAUUAGUCCGCUUCAGGAAGUUGAGCUGAAAGGAGGCUUCUCAACAGGAUUUGUAGUCAGGAUCGCCACGAGCGGCUGGAGAAUAGGACAGUUUACGUUGGAAGAUUUAUUAAAUCA